AUAAAGACCGUGAUUUAUUCCAUACCCCAAUGGAGACUAAUUAUAUGGGGCAGGACACAAGGACCCUACAGCAAGUGUCCUGAAAGAGUCCUCUCUCAUUCCACCAAACAAGACUCCUCAGCCUCCCAACCCCCCAUUCACAAGAUCCCUCUCCUGUCCCCUUGCGGGCUUGGGAGGCCAGGCCCGUUGCCAUGGCAGCCAGCCCCUCCCUACCCCCUCCCACUGGUAGGAAAUUACCCCAUUCUGAAAUGUUCCUUGUGUCUAUCAGUCCCAGCCAGCCCUCCACCCAGUCCUCGCCCACUCCACGUCUUCCAACACAGUGCCUGAGCUGGUGGGGGCAGGAGGGGGGCACAUGGAGUGGGAAACAUUGGAAUAUUCAGAGCCCAGUGUCUGCAGAGGCCGCCGUGGGAGUGGCCCGCCACACAUUCCCCCCUCGGGAAUGAAGUGGCCUUUCAGGGCCGGAGGGGCUGCAGCCACCCCUCCUGUCGUUAAAUAGCCAGCCUUCAACGGCAGCUGCACGGAGCCCACAGUCACAGCUCCCCCUGCUGCCCUCCGCCCCUGCCCCUGCUACCUGGACAGCUGCUGAGGCUUGCUCCCAGGCUCUGCCUCCAGCUGAAGCAUGAAUGGCCUUGAGGUGGCCUCCCCAGGUCUGACCGCCAACUCCUCCCCGGCCACCGCAGAGCAGUGCGGCCAGGAGACGCCACUGGAGAACAUCCUCUUCGCCUCCUUCUACCUCCUGGAUUUCAUCCUGGCUUUUGCUGGCAAUGCCCUGGCCCUGUGGCUUUUCAUCAGGGACCACAAGUCAGGCACCCCGGCCAACGUGUUCCUGAUGCACCUGGCCGUGGCCGACCUGUCCUGUGUGCUGGUCCUGCCCACCCGCCUCGUCUACCACUUCUCUGGGAACCACUGGCCGUUUGGGGAAAUCCCGUGCCGACUCACCGGCUUCCUCUUCUACCUCAACAUGUACGCCAGCAUCUACUUCCUCACCUGCAUCAGUGCUGACCGCUUCCUGGCCAUCGUGCACCCCGUCCAUUCCCUCAAGCUCCGCAGGCCCCUCUACGCCCACCUGGCCUGCGCCUUCCUCUGGGUGGUGGUCGCCGUGGCCAUGGCCCCGCUGCUGGUGAGCCCGCAGACCGUGAGGACUAACCACACGGUCGUCUGCCUGCAGCUGUACCGUGAGAAGGCCUCCCACCACGCGCUCGUGUCCUUGGCCCUGGCCUUCACCUUCCCCUUCGUCACCACGGUCACCUGCUACCUGCUCAUCAUCCGCAGCCUGCGGCAGGGCCCGCGCGUGGAGAAGCGCCUCAAGAACAAGGCGGUCCGCAUGAUCGCCAUGGUGCUGGCCAUCUUCCUGGUCUGCUUCGUGCCCUACCACGUCCACCGCUCUGUGUACGUGCUGCGCCACGGCGGCCGCGGCACCUCGUGCGCCGCCCAGCGCGCGCUGGCCCGGGGCAACCGCAUCACCUCCUGCCUCACCAGCCUCAACGGCGCGCUCGACCCCGUCAUGUAUUUCUUCGUGGCCGAGAAGUUCCGCGACGCCCUGUGCACCCUGCUGUGCGGCCGGAGGCUCCCGGGCCCGCCGCCCGGCCUGGAGGGCAGGACCAACGAGAGCUCGCUGAGCGCGCGCUCCGAGCUGUGAGCCGGCCGCCCCGAGAACCGCGGGGGCUCCGCAGGCCGCGCCCCCCGACGGCGGCACUCACCCCCAGAGCCCGGGCCCGCUGCGCCUGGGGCACCUACCCUUUUGGUCAGCCCCGCUCGCCCCGCCCCCGCUGGAUACCCAGCGCCUCCCGAGUGAGGGGCGAGGAGGCCUGGGUCAAAGCGGGGAACAUUGAGGGUCUGUCCGCCCGAGGGCUGCCUGCUAGGCUCCCCCCAACCCUCAGCUGCAGACACAGAGCAGACUCUGCAGAGACCCGCAGGGGGCGGCGGCGACGGACCCAGGAGUGAGGGGCCCGCUUAGUCCCAGUGGAGGGGAGGAAAGGGUGUCCAAAGAUUUCCCGGAAGCCUCCAGUUGCCUUUGCGGCACUUUGCCAAACUACCCCUGGGUGAGGGGACAGGGACUAUGAUUUAGAGCUGUAAGUACAUUUCAGGCAAGUUGCCAGGCGACUCCCUGUGGGGCACGGCAGCUCAGCGCUCGGUUCUUGAUCUCUUCCGUAAACGCACACACUGACCUGCAAGUGGCCCGACCAUCCCCGCUUCCCAGCAUCUGCCCGUCAGGGUCCUGCUGGGGCCCCCA